AUGGAAGGAGGAGAAGGCUAUUUAUUCGGUGGUGUGAUGUCCCUGAUUAUGGGGUUAGUGACGGUGGUGAGGCUAACAAUGAACAUAUUGAGGAAGCUCAGUGAGGCAGUGAAAGAAGAGACCGUGAUGGUCUCCAGGCACGAGUAUAUGUUGAUGGAAAAGAGACUGGCGGAGCUGGAGGAGAAAUGUAGAUCGUUGGCAUUCUCCCCGGAGAAAGAAGAGAACCUCACGGCCGCUCUAAACCGCGUGGACGAGCUUGAGCUUCAGUUGUCUGAGAUGAAGAAGACGCUGCACGAAACCAUGGCUAGGCAGCAAGAGAUAGUGGCUUGCAUCGAAAAGAUGAAAAAGAAGAAGAAAAAGUUCUGGGGAUUCUGA